AUGAAGACAGAGGAGGCGCCAUCCUGCCUGCAGCAGGCCACCCCGGUGCUGGGCUUCGGGUCGGACUCCAAAAUGCGGGAGAUUUGUGCCGGCUGUGACACGCCCAUCUCUGACCGGUUCCUCCUGCGAGUCAAUGAGCGCUCUUGGCACGAAGGCUGCGUGAAGUGUGCCGCCUGCCUGCAGCCGCUGUCGGGCACCUGCUACUGUCGCAACCGGCAGCUAUACUGCAAGCACGACUACGAGAAGCUCUUCCAGACCAAGUGCAGCAGCUGCCUGAAGGCAAUCGCCCCGUCUGAAUUCAUCAUGCGGGUGCUGGAGAACGUCUACCAUGUCCACUGCUUCUUCUGUUGCGAGUGCGAGCGACGUCUGCAGCGUGGGGAUGAGUUUGUGCUCAAAGAGGGGCAGCUACUGUGCCGCAGUGACUACGAGAAGGAGAAGGAGAUGCUGAGUGCCAUCAGCCCUGCGCCCACUGAGUCUGUGAAAAGUGAGGAUGAGGAUGGCAGCCACCCCCACGGCAGAGGCAGCGAAGAAGGCAAGGACCACAAGCGCUCCAAGCGCCCACGCACCAUCCUCACCACUCAGCAGCGACGGGCUUUCAAGGCCUCCUUUGAGGUUUCUUCCAAACCCUGCAGAAAGGUGAGAGAGACCCUCGCAGCUGAGACAGGCCUGACGGUCCGGGUGGUGCAGGUCUGGUUCCAGAAUCAAAGAGCCAAGAUGAAGAAGAUCGCUCGCAGGCAGCAGCAGCAGCAGCAACAGCAGGAGCAGGAGCAGCUGGGCAACCCGCGUUUAGGGACCGGCCGUGGGACAGGCUGCAGCAGCAGACAGAGCAAUGAUGAUAGUGAAGAUGGAGCAAGUGUUCACGGACUAGAUGGGCUCAUGGUCCCAUAUCCCAGGAUUCCCCAGCAGCAGCUGCUGCCACUGGAUCAGAACAGCUACAGCACAGACUUGUACAGACAAGGACUCACGCCGCCCCAGCUGCCGGGAGACCAUCUGCAUCCCUACGACUCUGAAGGCGUUUUUCAUGACAUGGACAGCGACAGCAUCAGCCACUUGGGAGACUGCCUGCUGUCAACAGCCGAAGCCAACCUCCUCCAAGCCCGAGUGGGUAACCCCAUUGACCGACUCUACUCUAUGCAGAGCUCCUACUUCACCUCCUGACCGUGGAAAGGGUCCUGGCCCUUUUGUGAGUGUCUUGGACAGACAUUCUGAAUUC